CUUAUGUAAUGGUCAUAUCAAAACCAGCACUACCUUCUAUCCAAAAGACUUCUUAGGAACCCACCGAUGAGCAACAACACAGCGCCAUAAAACAAAAAGAGACAUAUACAGAUACAGAUACACGAACGAUCAUUGUACACUCCCACAGAAUGCAUCUUACCGUGAUAAACGGUCCCUUCCGAACUGCGGUCCUGGGCAGCAGGAUCCCAUGCAGCCUUAGCCCGUUCAUCCUAUCCAACACCUCCAACACCACCAACACCACCGGGGCUUCCUCCAGUAGCUCAUCGUUCCCCGCGCUACACCAGCAAUGCAAAUAUAGCACUGCCCGCUCCCCAAGAGCUCAACUGCAACAGCAGCAGAAGCGCCAUGCAAGCACUAGAUGCAGUGGACAAUCGCUCUUCAAGUUUCAGCAAAAUCCAAUCUCGCGGAUCCCAGACCGUUCCACCUCCGCCCUAAAUCCCAACUCCGCCGCCGCCAAUACCACCACCUCCCUCCGCGCUACCACCACCCGUAAAUCCUCCACACAAGCCCCUUCCUCUUCAUCGGGAUCGUCCGCAAGCAGCUCGUCUGCUCAUAGCAGUACAUCCCCCUACGACUUGCCUCUCGAUUGGAACUCUUUCUUCCGCCUCCGGGCUUCUCGCCGCAAAUACUCGCUCGUCUCAUCCAUCAUAGCUUCCGUAUUCAGUACUGCAGGUGGCGUGCAGGUGCUUGCAGCGAAUAAUAUGGAUACCAUAGGUGCGCAGGCUUUGGGUCUUGAUCCGUUCAUUGUCCUGGGACUGGCGACGGCGUCGUGCGCGGCGCUGGGAUGGCUGCUUGGUCCGAUAUUGGGCAAUUCGCUCUGGGGUCUUGUGCAUAGAAAAUACAAGGCGUCGGUUGCAGUGAAAGAAAAAGAGUUCUACAGCAGGAUAAAGCGAUUCCGCGUUGACCCCUCUGCCAAUUCGUACUCCAACCCGGUCCCCGAUUACUACGGAGAAAAGAUCGGCAGCAUCCAGGGCUACCGCCAAUGGCUGAAGGAUCAGCGUGCCUUCAAUCGAAAGAAGCGAAACUUCCUCUGAAUGGAAGAGUAGAAUGAAAUCCUAGGGAAUAUGUAAAAGGGGGGAACACAAACCUAGAAUAUUGUGCGUACCUUGCUUCGGCUAGGGUUGUUGGGCUUUGGAUUUAGGAUUUUUGGGAUUGGGAAUUGUGAUCUGUUGUUGUUGUUGUUGCGGUUUAUUAUUUAUCUCUAUCACAGCGGAAUUGAUGAUGUAGUUUUAUUCAUUCAGAUAUUUAUUUAUGCGGGUUUCACCUGUCUUAGUUUACUUCCUUCGCCUUGCCCUGAUGUUUCUUUUUGUCCUAUGCGGAAUAUUAUGUUCGCCUCCCAUUCAAGUAUCUACGGUGUUAACUUCUUCUCCAAUCGUUUUCUUCAGUUCUGGUUCUGAUCUCUCCGAUAUUCGAUAAUCGAUUGAAAAAUGUGCAGUUAUCAUCAUGAAUUAAGCUCGAAGUUGGCUUCCAUGUCCCCUCCCCCGUCCCAAUAUACGCGUUUGUUCGCCUUCAUUCAUCCCCCGUGCUGAUAUCUGCCGCGUUUUAAUUUCAGUAGGGGAUUAUUCUGUUGACAUCUUGUGCAAACUUUGUAUAAGCGCGUCCCCUCUCUCAUUUUCAUCGAGUUGGUUUCCGCGUGCAAUUAGCAUCAUUCAACUCUCUUUUUCUUCUUUCUACCAAGGAAAAGGGGUAAUGGCAAAAACAACGCAAACGAGGUCUUGUACUAGGAUCUCGCUCUCUGGAUUUUUUUUUCUGUCGAACCCUAGUUUUGCAUCUCGCUAGCAUUUGCAGGAGCGAGUAAGGUGAACAUAAAAGGGGAGCAUAGUUUAAACUAGAUGAAAUAAGGCAUCCUGUAUGUGGAAUGGGGAAGGGAGCAAACAGUAGUGCCUUAUUCUCAGCCACAAAGUAAGAAAUUGAAAGCAAAUGUGCCCGAGCUUUAAAUUCUUUUGUCAAGAAGGACGAGAUCAACAGAAAAUAAUCAAGCUGUUAAUAACGUACGAAGUGAUAUUAACUGAUGCGCAUUUGCGCUUUUGGGCCAGCAAAAGAAAUCAUAGAGAGAGAGUGUGGAUGAUGCUCCCCUGGGCAAAAUAUUUGGAUCUGUAGUAGUUACUAGUGGCAGGGGCAAACGGGCAGUGGUCCUGAGCAUGGAUCUGGGGCAAAGCUCAAUUCGCAGUUGGCGAGUCUCUUAUACCCCCGAAAUGCCUCAAUGGCAGCACUGGCAGCUUUGAUUGAAUUGAAAUGAAUCCGCAUCUCAGUACUAGAUUCAUUCUCCACCAUAUCAUCCC